AUGGGUUGCGAUCUGGGAAAACUGGCCAGCUCGGCCACGUCCGGCGACGACCGCGGCGGCAAGCACAAGGACGUGCUGGAGGAACCGCCGAGCCCGGGCCCACCGGACCCCAGGCUCCCGCUGACGGCCAAGCAGAAAUACAGCAUGAUCGCAUCGUGGAAGGGCAUAUCCAGGGCAAUGGAACCCACCGGGGUGUACAUGUUCAUCAAGCUUUUCGAAGAACACCAAGAACUUCUCCAACUUUUUACCAAAUUUGGCGAACUAAAAACCAGGGACGCACAGGCCAACAGUAUGGAGCUAGCCGAACACGCUAACAAAGUGAUGACUACACUAGACGAAGGAAUUAAAGAACUGGACGACCUUGACAACUUCUUCCAGUACCUAACCCAAGUGGGCGCUACACACAAGACCAUACCAGGCUUCAACCCAGACUAUUUUUGGAAAAUUGAAGUGCCAUUUUUGGAAGCAGUGAAAACUACAUUAGGUGAUCGGUUCACAGAAAACAUCGAAACAAUAUAUAAAAUCACCAUUAAACUCAUCAUAGAGACAUUAGUCAAAGGAUAUACGGAAGCCACUGGGCCAUGA